CAUGCUAAUUUCUUGCUAACUUUUUAGCAUUCAUUGUAGAGGCUAGUCAGGAAGCCGGCUUGUUGGAGGGGCUUUUCAGGAAACGACAACUGUAUUUCAACCAGUUUAUAUACUUACAAAUCCCGUGCAUGUAUAAGCAGUAAGGCUGUUAACCGAAAGCUAUUACAGUGUUUUAAACUUACUAUUUUAAGCUAAACUACCUAGCUACAAAGCUGUCAGUGAGCUAGCUAGCAGUGUCACUUUUCAUCAAAACCCCAGGAAGUGCGCCGGCCGUUGAUGUAGAUUUUUUAAAGAAUGGCCAAACGGGGGUACUACAACUCCCGUGUCGUCUUUCGACCCAAAAAUACUUUCCCAGUUUCCCCCUUUGACUUACAUUGGGAAAUAGAUUUCUGUAAAUCGGCGUAUAAUAAAUAAUAUAAUCAUUAGGGUCUUAAAGUUGGAAAAUGAGCUAAAGCCGAAGGCGGGACUUAAGAAAAACUCAAGUGCGCAUGCUCGGUGGGCAAAAGGCCCCGGAUGAGUCGCUUCAUUUUGAGCUUCGUGCGCCACUGAGCAACUCUCAUAGGAAUGAAUGGGACCCCGCCUCCAACACUGUAUCCUCUUUACAUAUCCAUGCUUUUCAUAUGACCAACUGCCUGUACUUCGCACUGUGGUAGCCAAUGUUACAGAAAACAGUAAUGAAGCUUCUAAAAUCAAUCAUUAAUGUGACUGUCAUUGGGAUUUUAUGUGUAAUUUCUGCCCCAGAUGUGCCUUGUUUUUGAGAAUCAGAAUAUCUUUAUUGUGAUCAUACAGAGGAUGAAGGACAUUUCGUUGGCAUAUCUCAAUGCAUUAAUAGAAAUAGAAACAAAUAAAUAAAAGCAGAGGUAGUAGCAAUGACAAUGCAAAGAAAGCACUAAGAUGAAAUAAUGUCAGUGAACAUAUUAACCAAUUUUACAGACUAUAACAUUUCAAUAUAAAAAGCUAGAAAAGUUUAAACAUAAUUGUGGUUACAGUCAUUGAGGGCUAGAGAUGUGUUUCAUGUAUGUCAAAGUUGUCGUAAUGUGUUCUGUGGUUGGACAGGGAUGGGAGUAAUUCAUAAAAUGUAAUUAUAUGUAUUUUGUUUUUUCCUUUAGGUAUUGAUUUCAAGAUCAGAACAAUAGAAUUAGAUGGCAAGAAGAUCAAGCUACAGAUAUGACUGUUGUUUUUAAUAUGUAGGGAUACAGCAGGACCCGAGCGGUUCAGGACCAUCACGACAGCCUACUACAGAGGAGCCAUGGGCAUCAUGUUAGUGUAUGACAUAACCAAUGAGAAGUCCUUUGAACACAUCAAGAACUGGAUACGGAAUAUCGAAGAGCAUGCUUCAGCCGAUGUGGAGAUGAUGGUCCUUGGGAACAAAUGUGACGUCAACGACAAGCGACAGGUGUCCAAAGACCGAGGGGAGAAGCUGGCGCUCGAGUACGGUAUCAAGUUCAUGGAGACGAGCGCAAAGGAGAACAUCAACGUGGAGAAUGCCUUCUUAACCCUCGCCAGAGACAUCAAAGUGAAAAUGGACAAGAAGCUGGAGGGAAACAACCCGCAGGGCAGCAGUCAGGGAGUGAAGAUCACAGAACAGCCGAAGAAGAACAGCUUCUUCCGCUGCUAGCUGCUGUGAGGAGACGAGAGUCGACAUCCACCAUCGCCUUAACGGAGUCCCACUGGACACAACUGGACAGAGCACACUCACCUCUUACCUUCCUUCACUUCGUCUUCCUCUCUUCUCUCCAUAUUAGGAAAAACAAAAGUGUAUCGCUCCCUUGACAACUGUGAAUCUAACUCCUGUGGCCUCCAUUAGUAAAUCUGUGUCUCUUUUUGUACGGUUGCUAAUUAGAUUCAUACGUCUUGAGAUUUUAUUGCCUUUUUUAAAGACUUCUUGUGAGACGAUCAAACCACUUUACUGCUCAUGAUAAUGUCUCCUCCUCUCUCGUUGAAGUCUUAUUUAUUCGAUCCUUAUCACUUAAAGUAGCCCAGAUUAUACCUCCAGAAAAGACUUACUAUUCCAAAUGGGCUUCCUUAUUCUGAAUAUAAUCAUCUGUCAAAUAUAUAUAGUCAGUGUUUCCCCUAUAUACAAAUAGUGGCGGCGCAGCGCCGCUGCUGAAAUAUGUGCGCCGCUGCUAGGGGGCGCCAGCCA